AUGACUACGAUUGUGGCAAAGCAUGGGAACUUCCCUUCCAACGUAACGGCCAACAACGAAUGGGCUCCCUUGAGAUCCGUGAUCAUUGGAAGAGCGGACAAUUCGUGUUUUCCUUAUGAGGCUCCUCAUAUGAUUGAGGCAACCAUGCCGCCCCGGUUUCAUGAGGCUUUCAAGCCUGCGAACCCCUUCCCCCCCGAAAUUGUUCGUGGUGCUGAGGAAGAGCUUGGAAACUUUGCCUUAUUGCUACAAAGCCAGGGCGUCAACGUCUUCCGCCCAGCAAAAGUGGACUGGCUUCAAACAGGUGGAUACACUGGGGCAAUGCCUCGUGAUGGACUGCUUGUUGUUGGCAAUACUAUCAUCGAGUCCUGCUUUGCGUGGAAGUGUCGUGUUGAUGAAGUGGCUAACUCGCUUGGGAACCUUCUCUCGAAGCUGGGGGCUAACCCUUCUGUAAAAGUCGUCCGCGCUCCACGACCACCUUCGCCAGAUACACUCUAUAAUGGCAUACUCGAAGACCCUGGAAGUCAUGAAUGGGCCAUCAACAACAGUCGCCCGGCCUUUGAUGCUGCCGACUUCAUGCGCUUCGGCUCCACCAUCAUUGGUCAGCUGAGCAACGUCACCAACAUGAAGGGAGUCGAAUACAUACAACUCCAUGUCCCAUCCGGCUAUAAAAUUGAGCUCCUAGAUGUCAACGACCCGCAUGCGAUGCAUAUCGAUGCGACGUUAUUGCCAUUACGGCAAGGCCUGAUGGUCUAUAAUCCGCUUCGAGUCACUGAGGAGUCAUUGCGUCGCCAUGCGGCCUUCAAGGAUUGGGAACUAGUCUCGUAUCCUUUCGUCAAAUCGGUGCAAGCAGUAGAAGAAGCAACCGGUGGGGUGCCUCGGUUCAUGACAAGCGCGUGGCUUGUGAUGAACGUGCUGGUCCUAGGACACGACAAGAUUGUGGUCGAGGAGCAGGAUCAUGAAUUCGUAAAAUGGUUAGAGGGAAGAGGGAUGGAGGUUUUGAAAGCUCCAUUCCGCAAUGUGCAUGCUAUUGGUGGUAGUUUCCAUUGUGCUAGCGUUGACUUGGUACGAUCAUAG